AUGGCAAAGUUGCGUCGGGACACUCAUGAAUCUCAAUUGUUCCCCCCUACAGGACGGCCGUUGCGAAUUGUUGCGUCGGGUACUCUUUUUCUGACACACACACUAUCCUUACCGUGUCAGCCUGCACCUUCUUCAGUAAUUCGCGCUCAUUCGGUCGAAAAGAGCCGCGGCGGCUCUGCGAACACCCUUUUAUCCCUUUUAGCACAGUUUUCAAAUGUCGAAACGGCUCUCGUCGCGCCCCUAGGUGGGAACGAUGAAGGAAACAUGAUAAUCCGGGAUCUGGAGAAAGAGGGCGUCAGCACGCGAUUUUGCAAGAUUUGGCCGGGCUCAGGUGUUCCCAGCGCCUGGGUCUUCCAUUCCGUCGACAAUGACACGCGAACGGUCGUGAACCACAAUCCUUUGCCAGACAUAACCCACGAGGAAUUCGUCUCAAUCCUUGGGCCUCUCUUGGCACCAGAAAAUUACAUGCUCUUCUCAUCGGCAGAGUCCCCCAUCUCACCUAUGCAUCCACCGUUAUCACCUUUGCCACCCUCAAUGUCAGCCCAAUCGUCCCCACGGUCUCCGGGCACCCCCAUCAUGUUCAAUCCUAAUAGCCCCGCUCCCUUUGACUGGCUCCAUUUCGAAGGAAGGUCAGUGAAGACGACUUUAAGCAAUAUCACCGGUCUGGACGGUCUAGCACGUGAACGAAAAUGGAGGAGUCACUGUGUCUUUAGUGUGGAUAUCGGCAGAAGAGGAAGGCAGGGUGUAGAAGCCUUGAUCCCGCACGCAGAUGUUCUGUUUGUUAACAAGCAUUACGCUCAGGCGAACUCACCCCAUUAUGCGGCGACACCAAGAACAUUUCUGUUGUCCUUCAUGAGUAUCGCGCCUCCGCAUGCAUUGUUGGUGGCGCACUGGGGCUCUGAAGGUGCCGCUGUCUUGUCAUUACCUACCAGGGAAUAUUUCCAGAGCUCGGGAUGGGUAGAAGAUCGGUCAACGGUGCGAAAUCCUAAUUCUCGUCCUCGUCUUCCUCGAGGAAGAGAUACAGCGACCAAUACCACUGCCAACUCUAGUGAAGUGAACGACGUGCGGUCUGUGAGAAGUGGAAGCGACUUUUGGGCUGACGCGCGCAGCCGUACGCCUUCAUCUAGUGCAUUCACAGCGGGCAACUAUACCAGCAGUGAUGCUCCGAGUCAUCUUGGCCUCCCCACACCUCGAGCAAGGUCACGUCCUAGGCCCGGAGGUCGUGAUAACAGAUACGACACAACUCAGACCGAGGAGGACGACAACGAAGAUGCCGAUCAUGACUCUCAAGGAACAGAAGUUCCUGAAUGCGACGAUAACGUCGUCGAUGAGGUCGGUGCGCAAGAUGCGUUUGUGGCGGGAAUGAUAUAUUCUUUGAGUCGACGUAUAAUGCCUGGCCCUCCGUAUACUCCAGCAUCGGGCGGGGAAGAUGUUCGUCCUUCGAAUAUGGAUCAUGACAAGGGUCGCUGGAGAUUAGAUGAAUGUCUACGAUUUGCCACUGAGCUUGCAGGGCGUAAAGCCCGCCGACGGAACUGGGACGGAUUGGCCGAUGAAAUGGCGCGCGCAGGUUGGUUCGAUAACGCUUAUUAA